AGCUGUGGCUGUUAGGGAAAGGGGUGGAGUGCUGGGAGGAACAGCAGCCAGUGGAGUAGGUUUGACUAUAAAGAGGUAGGAAAAGGGAGAGAGACAGCAUUUCAGCCUGCCUUUGAGUCUUCAGCAAACUUGGCCAUGGCAGAAGGACGGGUCCAGUCACUUCAUUACUCCAUAGGGCUCCUGGGCAUUGCUUCAGGAUCCCUCUUGCUAGCUGUGUACUCCUACAGCUUCACCAGCCCAGCCCCUCUGAUCCCCAGCACGACUCUGGGCGUCCUUUUGUUUGUUAUAUCAGCUCUCUUGGCAUAUGCAGGAGUUCAGAAGAGCCUGAGAAGUGCCCCCUUGUUCAAGUCGCUGUGUCUGACCAUCUCAGUGCUGUGGUGCAGCUAUGGAGUCAUCCACAUCCUGGCAGGGCAAGGGGUCCUGAAUGGCAUUGAUGAUUUCCGCAAUGCCGUUGUGCCUGGCCUGGCAACAUUUACUUUGGGACUCCUCAUCAUUGGGGUGGUGGGCAUCCUUCAAAGAGAGCUCAUCCUUGCCAUGGUUGCUUCUUGCAUUUCGCUUGCCUGUGCCCAUGAAAUUGCCAUGCUUUAUAACACAGCUUUUGGUUCCUCGGCAGUGGCUUGCAAUUAUAUGAUUGUCUGCUUCAUUGUGGGCUAUUUUGCUGUGGGGAGGGGUCUUUAUUUCCUCAGCAAGGAGAAAAUCACCCUUCCUGGCACAGAUCUGGCCAAGAGCAAGACCAAUGAGCAGGUCCAGGCCAAUGGUGCCAACACAAAUGACUUGGCAGUCAUUGGUCUGAUCUUGAACAUGCUGUCUGCCAGCGUCUUUGGCUGCAGGCUCCUGGGAGUGACCAGCAAUCUAUUUGUGGGCCAAGUACCUUGGCUUUGGGCAGCUGGGAUUUACCAGAUUGGGGUCUGCAUUUUCUCUUACCGGGCCUUGGAUACAUUGGCUGCCACAUUCUUUGGUUUCACCUCGGUGUUGAAAUUUGCUGGAGGCUAUUCUCUCCUGUACCGGAUCUGGCAGCAGGAUGAGCCGGUUUUCCCCGUCCCUUUCUUGGUGGUUUUUGCUAUCCUCUUUGCUGUCUUGGGUCUUUUCAUCACCAUUAAAAGCCUGGUGGAUGGCCUGUAUUUGCUGUUUUAUGUGGCCUACUGCAUCGCCCUAGCCUGUCGCCCUCAUGGUUUUUUUGAAGGUGGUCCCCAAGGUGUGGAUGUGGCCAUCUUUGUGGCCUCGGCCCUUAUGGCUCUCAUUUACCAGUACAACAUGAAGGCAAGUGCCAAAAUCCCUACAGGGGAGGGAACGGUCCAGGCCUUGCUGUCCCGCAGCAGUCAUCUCAAACUUCGUGAAGGGAAAGACCUUCAUGCUCCCUACCUUGGCUAUUCCAAGUAUGCCGAUGCCGAGGUGCUUGGCUUUGCAUGCAGCGUCCUUGCUUCCUUUGCUAUCACGAUGACAGUGGACCCAAGGGCACCACUUGCUACCAUUGUCAUACCCUGGGUGGUGGUAGCCGGAGGGAUCCUUAAGCUUUUAUGUGGUUCAGUGGCCUUUGCCCGUGGUAAGACCUUGGAGAGCAGUGCCUUCAUUCUCUACGGGGUCAUGUGGAUCAUCUGGGGCUUAGCCAGAUAUGGUGGUCUCUAUGGCACUAGCAGGGGCUUCCAAGUAGCUGUAGGCAUCAUUGCCCUCAUGCUUGUCAAUUGCUUCAUUGUCUUCUGCACUCUCUUCCUAAGCAUUUCCUGGUUCAUUUACUCCCUCACCUUCUUACUCAUACUCAUCAGCUUCUUGCUGGAUGCAGUCAACGCCAUCCCAGCUGGCUAUGAUAUUGCUGUCACCAUCAUCUUUGGGCUGGCCAGCUUCUACUGCUUCCUGUCUGCUCUUUUCAACAGUACCUUUGAAGGGUCCCACUUCCCUGUGGGUAGGCCUAUUAUGAAACUCAGUGGUACUGGAGGAGGAAGCACCAAAUGCCUUCACUUGCCUGCCAGGAAAGCUUCCUCAGUCAAGCAAAUUGCAGAGAUCAUGAAGAAUGGAGGAGCUUGUGGCAUCCCCACCGACACAGUGUAUGUUCUGGUGGCAGCCUGCAAUCGACCUGAUGCCGUAGAGAAAGCUUACAAGACUAAGCGCCAGGCUCAGGAUCGCCCCAUGUCACUUUGGAUUUCUAGUCUGAAGCAGCUGGAACCUACGAAGCAUUUGUUCAACCCCAUGCUGUGGGAAUUCAUGGCGGCUGCCUGGCCAUCUCCCAUUAGUCUGGUGGUUCCCAGAGGGAAAUGGGUGGACUUCCUGGGGAUGAAAGACUCUGCUAAAUAUGUCGGUACCUCUCAGAGCAUCGCCAUCCGUAUCCCCGACUGCUCCGUCACCACACAUCUCAUUGAUCUGGUUGGCCCCAUUGCAGUCACAUCAGCCAAUCCAACUGGAGAAGCAGACACUACUCACCACAAUCAGGUGUACGCCAAACUGGGAGACAAGGUGGAUGCAGUUCUAUGCGAUGGGCCUUCUCCAGAGAACAUUGCCUCCACUGUUGUGGACUGCACCAAGAUUGAGAGUGGAAACAUAGGGUUCUUCAGGGUCGGCAUUGUUCCGAAAUCCCAGGUACUACAGAUACUGGAGCAAGUGCAGAGGAAACACAUGCAGGGCCAUACCAAUGGCAGCAUUGCAAUGGCGGGCCAGAAGAAGCAGCAGCACCUCUCCCAUGCCAUCUCCAAUGGGAUACAUGCUGCCAGCCCAGAAGAGAGCACAUUGACAUCAUUCACUAACAGUGUGUUCAGCGCUGAUGAAGAGGGAGCAAAGCUCUGAGCAACCCAGUUACACAUUCACCAGGGAAGGGCUUUCCAGUAAGUGACAUGCAGAUAAAAAUAGAGGAUGGAAGAGAGAUCCCGGUCUUAGGUGCAGUGAAUCCACCCUUCUACGGAUAUUGCUGAACUGUCCCUGCCUGGGGGUGAUUUAUAACCCAGGAACGUACACUGUUAGUUUUCAUCUUUGGAGUCCACCAGAUUUCACCAAAUACGAUCUAUGAUCAAACAGUCUUACUGGAGUGAUUUACUGGCCCCAGGUCCCUCUUCAAGGGUUUAUUCUUCACCCCAAUUUGAAGACUGGUCAUAUGGCCUCUGAUUUGGGAAAGUCUUUCUGUUUAUGUUACUUAUAUUGAUUUGUUUAGGAGGGAACCCUACAUGAAACAAGUGGUGAACCCUGCCCCCCUCCCCAAAAUAGAUCUUUUCAGAGGCUUGAAUCCAGGAGUCAUGAGUACAGUGUAAAUAUCAAGGUUGAUAGGAGAUGUCCCUGGAUGUUGGCACCUUCUUCCAAGAAAGACAGGUACCUAAAGUUUAGCUACUUGGCUCAAAAUGAAGAUUGCAGAAGUAGUGGAGUUUCAGGAAAGACUCUCCUUUCUGAGGGAAUGAUAUCGCCCUGGGAGCUGACAGUGUCUACACUGCAGGCACAUUUUUGAAGGAUCAAAUGCACUUAAACCUGAGAAUGCAGAGCCAGACCCUUGUAUUGAUUUUUCAGUUUGCUGGCCGAACCAAACAAAUGUUUCAGGUCAAAACGGACAUUUUAAUUUUUAGAAUGAAAUGUUUUGUUUCAACUUUUAAAAAUAAAACUGAGAUAAAUUUAGAAAUGCAAAGUUGUUUCGAACUGAAGAAUCAAAACGUUUCACUUUGAAAAUGUCAGAAUCAAGCAUUUCAGUUUUUUUCAACAUGAAUUCACGAAAUGUUUCUGUUGAGCCAAAUCUGUGGCUUUCAUUGUAUACUGUAAUGAUGCACAUUUGUACAGCAAGUUUCAUGUCUCUGGUGCAGGUUCUAUAUGGAGUAGUGGAUGCUGAGCUAGGGGAGGAGAACAGGAGAUUCAAACUCACAUGAGAAAUUGUUCACAGGAUGAACCCUAGCUGGAUAUGGAAAUUCAGCCGUUAUUGUUGCCUUCACCUGCCCUUCCUCUUUCCAGCCAAACAACUCUUGAGCCUGAUUCUGAUCUCACUUUGAUCGGUGUGAAGACUUGAUCAAACUCCAGCUAAUGUCAAUGGAAAGGACCUUGCUGACUUCAGUGGGAGUUUGAUUGGUCUUUGAACUGGGUGUUAAAUUCAGUGAGGUCUGUGGAAUUAUAGUAGUAUACAUUUCACAAAUCCAGAGGAUCGGUGCUACACCCGCAGCUUUGGAAAAGUCUCUUGGAGGAACACAUCUGAUGUGCCAGACCCCCAAGGGGUCUCACUCUUCCAUCGUGGUAGGCCAGGUGGCUUCACUGCCUCCUUAGACUGAGUCUCUGGGGCUCCAGCACUCCUGCUUCACAUCCUGAGCUCCAUCCAGCAAGUGCAACUGCUGAAAUAGACUCCUGGUAGAGAGUUGUACACGCCUCAGGGAUUAGUGCACCUCACCCAGUGUUUACAGUGACAGUCAGGCAGUGUUGUCAAAAUAGUCGAGUUUAUCAGUAAACUAGAACACACCAUAAGAAGUCCUUAGGUUAGCACAGAGAAAUAAAGGUUAAAACAGAGUCCAUUCUGGUUAGCCCAGAGCCCAACCAAGCUGUAGUGAGGCUCCAUUUUCGCAUAUCCCCCACCUCACACCUCUCAGGCUUUUGUUCUUAACCUGGGGGCUUUGCUCAGCUUCCCUGCUGAGAGACAGGGAAAUCCAUGAAUCAUUGGAGCUUGCAUUGUCUCUCUGGCCCCCUUGUUGAUUUGGGUCAGGUUCAACCAGUUCCAACUCUCCAUCCCCUCCCGGCAGGGAGUUGACACUCACCUAUGUAGCUUAGUCUGCCCUGAGAGCAAAUUUAAUCCCUUCCCUGCGACUGGAUAACAAUGUGGCAUAUGGGGAAACUGAGACACACAUAGGAUUCAUAAAAAAUAUUACAACAGUUCCCACUUUGUUACACUACUGAGAGCACAAUUAGGCCUUCUUGACUUGUUGAGGAGAGGCAAAGACAGAAUGUUGUAUAAUUGACUUAGUUAAUUUAUUUUGCAGAGUUUCUCACUGUAACUGGUUUUUUUUACUGAUUUUUCAAAAAACCAAUAAAACAUUUCUAAUAAAAUAUACAGCUUGUAACACUGAACAGCAUUACAAUGCAUGGUGAUAUCAGACCAUCUGCAAACCAGGAACCAUGGCUCUGAAAUGAAUUUAAACACUUCAAAGUGUGGUGGAAAAAUUAACCACGCGUUGUGAUUGGCUCAGAACCAUGCCUGAGGCUCCAUUAUUGAUUACAAGCGCAGGGGGGUAACAGCUCUAAGUAGCUGCCCCCCCCCCCCGAUGCAAAGCACACACAGCUUUUUAAAGCUUAAAACCACAGACAAAUUACACAGACUUUCGACUUAAUUACCUUAUUUGGAAUAUAGGAAAACAAGCUUUUCCUGUUAUUGACAGGUGUUCUUUUGCGGUUAACAUUUCUUAAGCUGUGCUGCUGCAAUUGCCUUACAAUGGAAUUUUCCACACUUUUUUCUUAUGCUUCAUAUACACAGUUAGCUUGACCAAAGUUUUAGGCCUACUUGGGAAGUUUAGGACUACUUGGGUCCACUGAAUUUUUCCUCCACAACAGUGCCCUAAUCUGUUAUCCAGAUACCCCUCAAGAAUGUAGGGAAUUGUUCAUACCUUCCACAAGAGCUGCCCAUGUCUCAAAUAGGAGAGAGGUCAUAGAUAACAUCAAAAUUCAUCUGUGGGACGGUUUCAAUAGGAUUGCACUUUGAAUGUAAACUCUUUGGGGCCUUUUGUUCUGUGUUUGUACAGCACCUAGCACAAUGGGGUCCAGGUCCAGGACUAGGGCUACUAGGUGCUAAUAAUAUGCUAAUAGUAUGCUAAUAAUAAUGCCCCUGGGAUGAAGUGGGCCCCAUUCCUUCACCAGGUUACAUAACAAGCAGGCAUCUCUGAAGAAGAUAAAGUCCAAGGUGAGGCGUUUCUGAAGAUGGUUAACCCAGAAAGGUACCUAAGUAUCCCAGACCUCUUCCCCAAGGACAUCUAAUAGGGAGUCCCAAUGGAGAGGUUCUGGAUUCAUGGUUGUUAUGCACCUUGAAUAGUCAUUUAUACCAGUGAGUUCAAAGUGGGUUGAAAACUGGCCCCUCUCAAAAAACGCAGUCUGGAUCCUUUCCUCCUCUUCAGGACAGCUCUCAUUGGCCAAGUGGCCAACCCCCAUGAUGUUAAAUUAUGUCCUUGGCCUCCUUUAAACCCUUAAGUCCAACUGGAAAGACUCACAAUUGCCUCAUGUUGCUCAACAGUGUCCUCUUCUGGCUCUGUAGAGAAGAGUGUUAAUGAGCUCCAGAGGGCUUCCCUUCCAGCCCUGCUCAGUGGGAAGGGUGUUCGGUGUACCACAGGGCCACAGGCCAGGUAGGGGAUGAAGGGGAUGGUUAGGGAGCUCAGAACUCCAUCAGAGGGAGGUGAUUCAAGUAUACCAUGACAUCAUCAGUGAUGAGCACAUAAGUCCAUAGGUUUAGAAGGUCCAUAGGUUCAUUUUGGUUCCAUCUCUGAAUAUCUUGGGCCUGAAAACUUUGGCUGGAAAUCACAUAUGAGAUUUCCAACACUUCCUCUUCCUGGCUAGGGUUCCAGAAGGGCCUUUCCAGCAGCACUUUGACCUUUGCAGUCCCAGGAGUGCAGAGGCAGCCAUGACAAUGAAAAAAAAACCCCAACACAAACAAGUAUUUGUCAUUCUCAGGAAAGAUCAGCUUCACCAUCUGCUCCCUCGUAUCUGAUCUGUUGGCAAUGUUAGGGGCACUGGGCAUGGCCACUAGGUAACUCGAGGGGAUGGAAGACCAUGAGGGUCGAUGAAGCCCCCUCGCACUAGGCCCAAGUGACCUUGGCCCCCCCGCCUGGAGGCACUCGCAGCAAUCAUGCUGAGCAUUCUGCAACAAUAUGUUGCAAGCGCAGACUGACUGAAACUGAACAAGGCCAGACAGGGCAGAUAUGGCAAAACAAUGCUGAACAAAACAACUCCAUAUAUAGUUUAACAGAUGGUACAAAGAAAAAAGGCACAAGCUGGUAUAUCGGAUUGGCUGGCUAUAUGGAUACUUAGGGCAGCUUGUUAUUAAAUAAGUAUGCUAAAAAAAAAGGAUGUAUAAAAGCCUGUGUAACUUCCUGCUCUGGGUGCGGGAUUUGAGAUUAAUGUCUCCCUGUACCACUUGAAGUUUCAAAUAAACUUUUCCGCUUCUCCACCCCGUUGUGAUUAUUGGGCGACUCACACUGGGCAAUGAACCCUGCUGUUGCUUGCCUCGGGCACUCUGUGCCGGCAACAGCUUUUGGCGUCCCUGGGUGGGCGACGAGGCUGCUAUUUAGCCUUGGCCGGACCCCUCCUGGCGGUCGAGGAUUACGGCAACAACCGACGCCCAGUGCACACCAGUGAGUUCAUCGGGGACCUCGGAGGAGAUGCGAUUUGAUGGACCCCGGAGGGCACAACGGUGCAACGCACUCAUAUAGUGGAGAAGCAGCUGCGGGUGACAGUGGGGAACCGGUCUCUUGGAUAAGGUAUACUAAGGAUUCCCAGCCUCUCCCCUUGGACUCUCCCGUCCACUCCUUACAGCCCAGCGACUCCAUGCUUGUUUGUACCUGGAAAGACAAGCCUCUCCAGGAAAAGUAAAAAGGACCCUAUACCGUCCUGCUCAUCUUCCAUAAGGCGGCAAAGGUCGAGGGACACAAAAACUGGAUCCAUCACUGUCAUCUGAAGGCAGUACCCGCCCCCUCGUCAGCAGAACAGUGGACCGUCCAACCUGCUGACUCCUCAUCUAGUAACGAUCUCGGGCUAAAGCUACUGUUUAAAAGACACAAAUAGUGGGCACCUUAAUGCCAAAAUGGGCCCACCCAGGUACUGGAGACCCUGGGCUAAAAAAACUCUGGUAAUAAUUAAUUGGAUAAUAUUGUUAUUCUCUGUAUUGGUAUUUCCAAACUGUGCAUAUCGGGAGCAUAACUCCUUUGUUUUACUUGCGCACCAUGUUGCUACUUUAACAAACCAGACUGAUUGCUGGGUAUGUGCUCCAACUCCACUGUCCCCCAAAACGGGAAUGCCCCUUGACAUGCUGCCUUUAAACCUAGCAGAAUUAGCCGCCACUAAAAAGCAGGAAAAAACGAACUCACCGUUCUGGAACAAGACCUGUUUACAGCAAGCCACCUACCAGGAGUAUUCAAUUGCAGUACUCACUGAGGGAGUAUUUUGUUUCACCCAAAACCAAUCUGAUCACUAUGGGCGUCCUGUGGGAAAGAGCUCCUGUGUUAUUACACAGUGGGCUGAUGGGUAUUGGAUAAAGACCAAGAGGGGAGGUCAGCAGUGUGGGUGUAAUGGUUCCUCCCCUUUUGGGAAAACUCUUACGAAUAAUCGUACCACAAAAGAAGGGUUUGGAAAUAUAACUUGCUGUUCAGUUAAUAUCUCCAAUGUAGCAGGCCAAGGGUGGGUUUGCAGUGGUCCCUAUGGCAAGUGUACUGUAAAUGGCACAACUAGAAACACCCCCACUUGUACCCAAUCAAAGAAUAAAAAGCCCCCUUAGGGGCAUAUAAACUGUUUGGAAAAGCAGCCUUAAAUAUCCCAGGAAUCCCCUUAAGAAACAGUCCUUACUGGGCCCUACAGGGUCACUAUUUCGUAUGUGGCCGAAAGGCUUACAAGGUGCUGCCAGCCAACUGGACACGUAGCUGUUAUAUAGCUCAUGGAGUUCCUCAUCUGUCAAUAACUACCACACUGCCCAAAAAAAAUAAUUAGUAAUGCCCAAGAUACCUCUGUUGAGUCACAAGAAGAGACCCUGCGGCGACUAACUGCAGCACUGGAGGGCAAUAUAAAAAAUCCCUUCACAACCGAAAAGCUUGUAGGGUGCUCUAUACUGGGAAUAGCGCCACUGUUUACAGGACCAGCCAUGGCAUGCAUAGGCCGCUAUACUGUAAGGCUGCAAAUGGUACUUUAAAAAGUUGGCUUAAAGUUAAAGGACUCAAUUAGAAAUUUAAGGUCAGCAGUAAAAACAUUAAAUAAAAAGGUACAGCAGCUCAGGAUAUUUUCCCUCCAAAACAGGCUGGCUUUGGACUAUCUCUUGGCAUCCCAAGGAGGGGUUUGUGCCCUCGUCGGGCCCCUAUGUUGUGUAUAUAUAAAUAAUAGCAGUUAUAAAAUCUAUGACAAGGUGGUACAGGCUAAGGCCCAUGCCCGAGCCGGAGCACAGGUUGCCUAUACUGCCCCUGAGAGCGAUUGGUUGCUAAUCUUGUUUUCAGGCUGGGGUUUGUCGUCUUGGCUUGCUGGUUUAUUUAGCCUGUUAUUGAAAUGUCUCUUUCCUGUAUUGCUUGUAUUAAUGGUAUUAUGCUGUGCAGUAUCAUGUGUCAAGACCCUUUUGCAAAAGUUAAUAAGUCAUUCUCUUCAGGGCUAUCACAAAGUGCUUAUGCAAAGUCCUAUUAUAAAAAAAUAAGUAGCCCAAGUGAAAAAACUCAGAGCUAACACUGUUGAGUGUUCUCAGAGAAGGGAGUUGUUGGGGGCACUGGGCAUGGCCACUAGGUAACUCGAGGGGAUGGAAGACCAUGAGGGUCGAUGAAGCCCCCUCGCACUAGGCCCAAGUGACCUUGGCCCCCCCGCCUGGAGGCACUCGCAGCAGUCAUGCUGAGCAUUCUGCAACAAUAUGUUGCAAGCGCAGUCUGUCUGAAACUGAACAAGGCCAGACAGGGCAGAUAUGGCAAAACAAUGCUGAACAAAACAACUCCAUAUAUAGUUUAACAGAUGGUACAAAGAAAAAGGGCACUAGCUGGUAUACCGAAUUGGCUGGCUAUAUGGAUACUUAGGGCAGCUUGCUAUUAAAUAAAUAUGCUAAAAAAAAAUGUAUAAAAGUCUGUGUAACUUCCUACUCUGUGUGCAGGAUUUGAGAUUAAUGUCUCCCUGUACCA